AUGCCAGAGACAAAUCGCCAAGGUUCGAUUUACGGGACAGGGACGAUGAGCAUACAACAACAAAGGCAAGGCCAGAUCGAUGAUGAAGACGACGACGACGUUGGGGGUGGUGGAGGAGGAGGAGAGUCCAUGGAUGGCUCUCAGAUCCGAUAUGAACAUCACCACUCUCAUGUGAUCCAAAACGGUGGCGUCGGUGGAGCAAUGGAAGCCGGUAUGAAUGCCGUAGACGGUGUUGGGCACCAUGCUUUGUAUGUUCCAAGUACUGAAGUUCCUCCGCCAGCAGGUGGAGGUGGUGCUGAUCAGCUAACGCUGUCGUUUCAGGGCGAAGUGUAUGUGUUCGACUCCGUUUCGCCAGAAAAGGUGCAGGCAGUGUUGUUACUCCUUGGUGGAUAUGAAGUCCCCACAGGCAUUCCUACUGUUGGGAUGGCACCCCAGAAUCAUAGGGGCCAGGGUGACUUUCCUGUACGGUCUAGUCAACCACAAAGGGCUGCUUCUUUGAAUCGAUUUAGGGAGAAGAGAAAAGAGAGAUGUUUUGAUAAGAAAAUCCGUUACAAUGUUAGGAAGGAAGUUGCUCUCAGGAUGCAGCGUAAGAAGGGUCAGUUUACAUCUUCCAAGGCAUUUUCUGAGGAAGUGGGUUCAUGUUCUUCGGAUUGGAAUGCCAGUUCUGGCCAUGGGGAACAGGAAACUUUAUGUAGACACUGUGGAAUUAGCUCAAAGUCCACUCCAAUGAUGCGUCGUGGACCAGAUGGCCCAAGGACACUGUGCAAUGCAUGCGGACUCAAGUGGGCCAACAAGGUCUGUGCCUUGAUGAAGGAUUACCUAAUUCAUUUUAGAUUUUCUUCUGUGCCUCUGGAAUCCCAUUUGUGUGAUGCAUAGUGGGGUCGCUUUACUUUUCUGGUUAUUUCCUUAAGUUUGCUAUUGCAAAGCAUCCUUGAAGAUAAUAUUUGAGGUGUUCAUAGAAGUCAUUGAGUGUAUCUAAACCUGUAUUUGAUGGGGCGAGGGAUAAGACAUCUUUGGGUUGAAGAUUUAUUUUAUUUCCCUAUUUUUGGAGUUUUAAUGUACCUAUUUUGAUUUCACGUAAUUGGUGAAUGGGAUGGUUAUGUUUUGGGAAUUGAAAAAUUAUUGAAAGGAUUCGAAUUCACUCUCCCUCUCUGUCUCUGUUUCUUAUCUUUUUUGGUUUCUUCUUUCUUCUUUCAUCUUUUUCUUUUAUUCCUUCCUUAUGCUCUCUCUCUCUCUCUCUCUCUCACACACACACACACACACAUUUAAGUUUUGUAAAAGGUGAGUGUUUUCCUGUUGUAUAGGAACUUUAAAUCGUUUUGCGUCAUAUCGCUGAUCUAUUAUUUGCAUGUAUUUGUUGUUUACGUGUAUUGCUAAUCCUAAUCCCAUUAUAAUGUGAGAAACAUGAAGAAGUUGGUUAGAGGUGUUCACAUUUAAAUUAUUUCUAUUCACUUGUUAGCUGAGUGAGACCAGUAAGGCAAUGACUUUUCUAAUUUACUAGGUCGUCUGUUUCUGUGUUUUGUUCGUUCUCUAGGAGGAAUGACAUUUACCAUUUAACCUUUCUGAAUGAUAGGGAGCCUUAGGUUAGGACUUUUCUAAGAAUAAUGAAUCAUUGUUUUAACUUUGAAGGAGGAAUAUUAUAAGUGUCCAGGCUUGCAUAUGUUGAAGUAUAAAUAGUUAUGUAAUUUCCUCUCUAACAGCUUGAACUUUAGAAUAAAUGGUGAUUUAACAUAGUAUCAGAGUUGGACCAUAGCUAGUUGGUGGGCUAAGUUUCUCACCCAAUUGGAGCAGAUAGUCUUCAGUUGAACAUGUCAGAGUAAAGGUCUACAAUCAAAAACUGGUGCGAAGGAUCUUGAAUGAAUUUUCUGUCAAUCUCAUUGAGUAGAGAAACCCUUGGAAGGGUAAACUUUUCCUUAAGCAAGCCUACCACCCGAGACUCUUGGGUGUGGCAUGAUGGAAAUUGGAGUCUUUGUUUCUAGAAUAACUCAGUGAGCCAUGGUAAUGGCUAACAGAUUUCAUUUUGACCCUGGAAGGGAUUAGCCCUUAUUAUAAGGAAUUCAUCUCCUGAAUAUUCAAUCUAUAAUGUAGGACGUGAUAGUGAUUAGAAAUGGAAUCAAGAAUUGAAAAUACAUUUGAUAAAUCUAGAUCUGUUUAAAUUAGGCAUUUAUAGUUAAUGGGAAAAGAAGUAUGAGUAGUUUUUUUGGGUAUGUGAAAGAUGAGUAGUUAUUACUUAGAGAAAAUACAUAAAAUUUUCAAGUAUAAAAAGAUUUUUUAAAAUUUUAUGUCAGGCACUAGUUCUUAAUCAAUUAAACGAAACAUUCACAAAUUAAACAACAUGAACGCAUUAAUGUGACUGUCAAAGAAGAAAUGACCAAAUGAACAAAGAAAUAAGUUAAAAAACAAUGGAACAAAAUCAACUAAACAUGGAUUACAGCUCAAAGAUGUACGUCAAAUCAAACCCAGACACGAACUGUUUUCUUACUCUAAGCAAUAGGAGUCAUGCAAAAGAUUUGUUAAGCACGCCUUGGAUUUGAGAUUCACUUCUUCUGGAUUUACCAAAUGGGCUUUAACCCAUGAUUUGAUUUGAUAUGUUGUGGAUAUGCUUGAGCAACUGGUUAAUCUUUGUUCGAGACUUGUUUUCUUAUUUCUUGGAAAGUGAGAAUAGGGGAGGUUAAAGGAUGAAGUCUGGAUCCCAUCAUAAGGAGAUCCUAGAAAUCACUCCAAAGAGAGGGGGAGAGAGAGAGAGAGAGAGAGGAGCAGUCAUAUUAUGUGUUGGGACCAGCCUGAUUAAUGGUUUUGGAACUCGUAAACAAUUUAGGCUUUGGCUGCAAGGCCUCUACAAUAUAGGACUUAGUUUUUCACCCUUUCUGAACCUUCCCCCUCUUGUUCUCUUUCCUCCUUGGAUCUUCUUGUCCUCUUGCUUGCUUUUUCAGCUUAUUGAAGAUUUUAAUUUCCUAUUAAAACAACGUAAGUUUUGUUUUAUUUCUAUUUGUAUAUCGUACCAAUUUUGUAAUAGCCAGGCCACUUAGGGUGCUUGGCAAUCUCAAGGAAGGCCAGGCACCAAUUGUUUUUUCUGUUUCCAAUUUUUGCCCAUUGGACCUGUUGAACUACAAAAAGACAUGGACAUGCACAUAUGCACUCUUACCUGGAAAAAUAAUCAACGAUUGAGAUUUGAGAAGCACAAGGUUACUAAACAGUAUACAGUGGACUAAAAUGGUGCCUAGUGCCUGUGACCAUGAUUUUUAUUUCCCAA